AUGGAGGCUGCUCCUGAGAGCAACGGGGUGUCUGUCGCCGGCGGCCGUGGCUUCGCCCCCGAGGUCCCCGAGAGGUUCCAGCAGCGGGAAGCGGAGCGGAGGGAGGAAGCCGGCCGGCGGCGCCGCGAGAAAGAGUCGCUGGCGGUGCGGGAGGAGCAGAGCGACUACUUCGCCGCCGCCUUCGGCCGGGAGCGGGCAGCCGCCGAAGCCUUGCUGGGGCCGGAGCGGGACGCCGAGGCCGUGUCGGAGGCGGCGCAGCGGCUGCAGGAGCUGCAGCGGCUGCUGACGGACUCGGUGCGCUUCCUGGCCCCCUACGAGGUGCGCCAGGCGCAGGCGGCGCUGGGGAGGCUCCAGGACGCGCUGGCCGAGCGGCGCCUCCAGCUGCAGCCCAAGAAGCGCUUCGCCUUCAAGAAGGGCCUCAGGAAGGAGCCCGCCUCGGCCCAGGAGGCGCCGCCGACGCCGCCCGUGCCUUCAACGCGGGAGGGUCAGCCAAGCCGGGCGGAGGAGGAGGAGGAGGAGGAGGAGGAACCCGGGUGCGGCUUCAGCCGGGCCGAAGACCAGGAGCUUGAGCUGGGGCCAGCCGAGCUGCUGCAGCGGGACGUGGCGCUUUCGCAGCUGAGCCGCUGCCGGGUGCGGCUGCGGGGCAACCCCAACACGCUGUUGGUGCGCGACUGCCGGGACUGUACGGUGCUUUGCGGACCCGUGUCCACGUCGGUGAGGGUCGACGGCUGCGACGGCUGCGUCUUGGCCCUGGCCUGCCAGCAGCUCCGCACGCACCAGGCCACCCAGAGCAGCUUCUACGUGCAGGUGACCUGCCGGGCCAUGCUGGAGGACUGCAGCGGGGUCCGCUUCGCGCCCUACACGUGGACUUACGAGGGCAUCGACGCCGACUUCGAGACUUCCGGGCUCGACAGGAGCAGGGACAACUGGAGCCAAGUGGACGACUUCAACUGGCUGGCUAGGAACGAGCCUUCGCCGAACUGGAGUGUGAUCCCCGAAAAUGAGAGGAUCGCGGACUGGGAUCGAACCGGUGAUUGUAGCCCCUCCGCAGAGGGGACUAGAUAGAGCCGGGUGCAUUCUGGAAACGGCUCACAAAAGGAUGCAGUUGGAGAUACCAGAUUGAUGUCUUUUUUCUUGUUCCCGGUAUCGGUUUAGGCAGUGUAAUAAGCGGAGGCCAAACACAGCCUGGUGGCUCUUGCUAAGUAAUGAAUUGCCCUGGUGCUGUGCCUUCUGUUGUCUGCACUCUGUGUUUCCUUAUGCUGCGGCUACCUUACUAUUUCUCCAAACUCCUUUACGGU